UGCACUAAGUGUCGAAGAACUAGAAGCUAGAAUGCGCAAAAUGGACUCAGGUGAAAUAGAUAAAUAUAAAAGCGGUAGUGUUGGUCAAAGCAUGCACAAAAAUGAGGGUAGUCGAAUUAUGAGACCUGAAAUCGAGAGCGAAUCCGAGGAAUCAUCCCAGUCGACAGAAAUAAAUUCACAAGACGUAGAGGCUUUUCGAAAAUUAUUAGAUCAACUUGGCAAACCUCGAGUAGAUAUUUCAAUGAACAUUAUAUUGCCUAAUACGGCGGCGCAUCAGCAUUCAUUAACUAAUCCCGUUGGUGGAACAUAUCCCCCCACUGGUAUUUCACCAAUACCACCCAAUGCGUUACCCCAAGCCAAUAUGGCCAAACAAGAAUAUAUGAUGAAAAUUAUGCACCAACAACAACUUCUACAUCUACAGCAAAAUGUGGGUAAAAUGGUUACACCACCCGUUCUUCAACAUCAUCAUAGACUUACACAAAUGUCUCCGCAACAACAGACUGAAAAUUUGCCUUUAUUAUCAGCACCACCAACACCCCAUCAUCAACAAUCUCAUUAUAUGCCAAUAAUAAUGAUCCCUCCGCAAAAGCGACUUGAUGUGCAACAUUUAAUUCAGUCGGUUGUACGAGAAGAACUAUCACGAAGCUUUUUAGAAAAGGAGUUAAAGAAUCCCAAUGUUCCCCCUUACACUAAAGAUGUAAUUUCAACAGUAUUAAAGGAAACAUCCCGAUACAAUUUACAAUCUACAGCAGGAGGCGGUCAUAAUGUACCUGAUUCUGUGGAAGCAGGAGUCGUCAAUGAUAUUUGUGCUGCACCUAACAAUCUGAUGCAAUGUAAGUAAAAAACUUUUUCGUAAUUCUCUAUUAAAGUUUCCUCAAUGUUUGUACAGAGAAACUUUUGUUUCAGCAACUACAUAUGUAUGUACGUACGUAUUAAUUGCAUUGAUUGUUUUUAUACGAAUGAUAAGAAUGACAGAACAAGUUUCCGAGUAAAAGAAACUUCGUACAGCGAGGGAGAGAGAGAUGAUUGAUAUAAAUUUCAUUUCGACAAUUAUAAAGAAGUAAACACACGUGCUGACAAACACAAUCUAAAUGUUGUUGUUGUUGUUUCAUGCGUCUGCAUGCAAAUAAUAAUUGUUUGAGAGUUUGUCUCGUGAUUUUGCUCAUUUCUCCGUUAUUUAUAUUUUGCUGAUUUUAAAUAGGAAACUUCUCGAAAACAUGUCAGAAAGAAUUAUUAAAGAUUUAAAACUCAAAAAUUUCUGGAAUCUUCUGCAAAUUGAUUUUUACAGACAUAAACACGUAACUCAAUCGACUAUGAGGAUUCUCUCAUAAGUAUUCGAAUUUAGGUAUACUAUGAAAAGAAACCAAAUUUAUUAAAUUGUUUGCGUGCAAAAUAAAUAAAUAAAUUUGUUAUAUUAUCUAGACAGUCCUUAGGUUUGUAUUUUUUUUCUCCUUUUUUCCAGAGAUAAAACCAAAAUUCGAUAUUGGGAAUUAAUAGACUCCUUGGGGCAUCUAAAAAUAAUAUUUUUUGUUACAAGAAUCUGUAUUUAAAAGUUCCAAUAUAUAUUUAUUUGAUCAUUCUUCUGUAGCUAAUUUAACUUUUUAGAACUUAAGUCCAUUUUUAUAAUACUAGGGUAAAACAUUUUCGGGGAAAGUUUUCUGGUAUGUAUUCUUAAAGAUAGCAGCUUUUAUGCAUUUUAAGUUUUUAGUAUAUUGUAGAAGUAUACAACUUCAAAACAUGCCUCGAAGAAACGCCAUUCAAUAUAGUAGAAUCCAUCUCUUUAUAACCAAUGGAUUACAGGCUGAAUGUUUCCAUAUCAUUAUGGUCUAACUCUAAAAUAUUGAUAUCUGGUUAAAUAUUAUUAACGAUGAUAAAAAUAAACCCAAAAUCUUUGACUUACAGUGUCAUUUGAAUGGGCAACAUAAGCGUGAAAGUUAUAAGUAGUAAAAACUUAAAUCUACAGUGGAGGAUGACGUUUUGUUAAGGCAUGUUUUGGAGUUGUAUCCCGCUACAAUGUCGGGGAAACUGAAAAUAUAUAUGUGCUAAUAUAUACAUGAAUAUACACUAGCCAACUUUGCCGAUCUUAGUGGAACGAAAAGGAGCUUAAGAUCCAGAUAAUUCAAUUAGAAACAGAAGAACGAUCCCAAAAAUACAUCAUAGAACGUUUAAGUACAGAUCCUUACAACAAAAUAUAUUAUUUUUGGAUAGGAGUCUAUUAAAUCCCAACAUUAAAUUUUGGAUUUAUCUCUGGAAAAAAGGAAAAAUAAAUUAAAAUGUGGUCAAAAACCGACAUUUUAUUUAUUAUUUAUUUAUUAUUUUAUUUAACAAUAUUCAAUAACCUAGUCUAUAGGCCAUAAGCGGUAACAAAUUUCUACUUCACAAUAAUUCCUCCAAUAAAAAAUACAUAAUUAUAUAUAAAUAAAAUUA